AGUAGCAAACUCUUAUCAGUUAGCACGUGGUAUAUGAUUGUUUAAUAUUAAUGCAGAGUAAACUGAAAUAGGCCAUGAAAUAAAAAGAAGAGUAAUAAUUUCUCAAAAUUAAACCUUAGAAAUGAGUGACAUCAUUGAUAACGAAGAACUGGAUAAAGAUACAGUUGAAGCAGAAGUCCUAAAAGAUAUAUUUCGAAAUAAUUACAGUUUGUUGACAGAAACAACUGUAUCAUUGAAGAAAUCUUAUAUUAACAAACUGCACGAAUCAAAAUCAGGUUCGAAAAUAGCAGUAGGAAUAUCAAACAACAAUAGUGUUGAAGUGUUUGAGAUAACAAAAGGGUCACUGUCCUCAGUUUGCCGACUCAGCGGUCACCAGAAGUCCCUAACAGAAGUGGUGUUCAGUCCUAAUGAUGACCAGACACUUUAUACCACAGGUCACGAUGGUGUUAUAAAAAUGUGGGACUUGAGGGCUAGCGGAAGCUGUUCUCAGGAAUACAAAGAUGAUGUCGAUGAACAGAUAGUGAGGCCAUAUGAGUGCAUGGAUGUGUCCUGUAAUGGACGUGUGCUCUGUGCUGGCAGUCAGCUGGUGCAGGAUGAUGCUUAUCUUGUGUUCUGGGAUCAAAGGAAGCCCACACCUCUUGGAGGGUACUGGAACUCUCACACAGAUGAUAUUACACAGGUGAAAUUUCACAGAGAGAAGACUGAAAUAUUAACUACCGGGGCACUGGAUGGUUUACUAAAUGUCUUUAAUAUAUUAGAAGAGACAGAAGAUGAUGCUUUAAUAUUCUCAUUGAAUGUUGAGAAUUCAAUAGAAAAAAUUAACUGGCUUGACACACACCAGGUCACGUGCACCACUCAGUCAAAUGACUUACAAAUAUGGAAUACUGAUUCUGGUGACUUAGUCAAAAGUUACACUCGGGAUAAAAUUGCCAAGAGUAUAAAGAGAAGUAAAGGAGAUGACUGUUAUUUGGUAGACACAUUUAUGUCAAAUGACAACAAUCCUGUUUUGUUAGCUGGUUCACAUGGAGCAAAUGGAGAUGUGCUACGCUCUGUAACAAUAUUGGAGAAGAAACUUCAGCCGAGGUCUAAUUUCAAACAGAACAAGCAAAUUGUCAGAUGCUGUUGGUAUGAUAAAGAAAGGGAUAUUCUGGUGACGGCGGGCGAGUCGGGUCUAGUGAGUGUUUGGAGUGUUGAGAGUGUGCAACCGAGCUCAUGUAAGCUGACCACUUCGUUACACGACCUGCGAGUCAACAGGCAUAAACCGUACUGAC